CGAGGACAGGGGAGGGCCGAUGACGUUAGUGAGACGUAAAACCAAUUAGUAGCGUGGGGAGGAGGAGGGGUGUGAAGCUCUACCAUCGCUCGCCAACAGCACCGAGAAAGUUGGCGUGGGGUGAGAGAAGCGAGCGGUACACCGGGGAGAGGGCGGGAAAGAGGGGCGGAGAGGACGGGACUCCGGGUGCGGGUCGCAGGCACCGAUGAGUGCCGCACACUGUGGCUCUGACGAGUUGGACUUCAGGUUGAUAUUCGGGGAGGAGGCAGCUCAGCCCUUCGGAGCGGCAGAACAUGAGUCUGAUGACAGUGCAUCGUUUUAUAUCUUAAAUGUAGACCAGCCUUUAUCAGCAGUGAACCAGCCCAUUUGCCUUCCCCGGCAUGGACAGCAAUCUCACUGCUCAACUUGCUCUGCCUCAUCCCGCUUACAGAGUUACAAAACCUAUGAUGGCACAACUGAAGUCCAGGAGCCCAAGUAUAGUCUAUCUGGAGGUCCAAAGCCAUUUGAAUGUCCUAGCAUUCAGAUCACCUCAAUUUCUCCAAACUGCCAGCAAGAUACUGAAACCUCAGAGGAACUGCACAAUAAUGGCCCAGUAAAUGAUUACAGUGAAAGGCCUUCCCGAGACCUUCUCUACCUCCAUCUCGAGCCAUCAUACAGGGAGCCAUCUUUAAGUCCAAGCCCCGGUAGUAGCAUUUCUUCCAGAAGCUGGUUCUCUGAUGCAUCCUCUUGCGAAUCUUUUUCCCACAUCUACGAUGAUGUUGAAUCUGAGUUGAAUGAGGCUGCAGCACGUUUUACUCUUGGCUCACCGCUUGCAUCUCCUAGUUGUUCUCCCAGAGGGUUUCCAGGUGAUGAAACGUGGCAACAGUUAGGUUAUGGCACAUCUCUAUCACCCAGACAGUCCCCAUGUCAUUCUCCUAGAACUAGCGUUACUGAUGAGAACUGGCUUAGCCCACGUCCUACUUCAAGACCUUCAUCCAGGCCCACCUCUCCUUGUGGCAAGAGACGACACUCCAGUGCAGAUAUUUGCUAUCAAGGCCCUGCAUCCCCUCAUCACUCCCCAACACCAUCUCCUAGUCAUUCACCCAGGGGAAGUAUCACGGAAGACACAUGGAUAAGUUUAUCUCACAAUUCUGUACAUGGUGUUUCUCCCACUCAUUGUUUCCAGGAGACUGCUAUCCCCCUAAAAACACGCAAAACCUCUGAAGACCAAAGUGCCACAUUGGUAGGAAAGGUUGAUCUUUGUGCUGAGGAUCAAGGAAGUUUAUCGCAGACUCCUGAAACACCUACAGAGGAUAAUGCAAGUUCCCCACAUCCACUCAAGAAAGACUCCUCAACUGAUCAGUUUUUGUCAGUUCCAUCACAUUUCACUUGGAACAAACCAAAAUCUGGACAUACUCCUAUAUUUCGGACAUCAUCUCUGCCUCCAUUAGACUGGCCCUUACCCACCCAUUACGGACAGUGUGAGCUGAAGGUAGAGGUACAGCCAAAGACUCACCAUCGAGCACACUAUGAGACAGAGGGGAGUCGUGGAGCUGUGAAAGCGGUUACUGGUGGUCAUCCAGUUGUGAAGCUUAUAGGUUACACAGACAAACCUGUUAACUUGCAGAUGUUUAUUGGCACAGCCGAUGACCGUUACCUGAGACCACAUGCCUUUUACCAGGUGCACCGAAUCACUGGGAAAACUGUAGCCACUGCUAGCCAAGAGAUUAUUAUUACCAGCACCAAAGUCCUGGAAAUCCCUCUUCUACCAGAAAACAACAUGUGUGCCAGCAUUGACUGUGCUGGCAUUCUGAAACUGCGAAAUUCUGAUAUUGAACUGCGUAAAGGAGAGACUGACAUUGGUAGGAAGAAUACACGCGUGCGGCUGGUGUUCAGAGUCCACAUACCCCAGCCUAAUGGGAAAGUCUUGUCAUUACAAACUGCUUCCAUACCCAUUGAAUGUUCUCAGCGAUCUGCUCAGGAGUUACCACAGGUGGAUAAAUAUAACCUGAGUAGCUGUACAGUAACAGGAGGAACAGAGAUGAUUAUCACAGGAUCUAACAUACUGCCUGAGUCCAAAGUGAUCUUCGUUGAGAAGGGGCAAGAUGGACGUCCUCAGUGGGAAGUGGAAGCAAAAAUUGUGUCUGAAAUGAGACAAAUGACUGAUAUUGUUGUUGAAAUUCCUCCAUACCACAACAAGUCAAUAGUGACAGGAGUUCAAGUGCAGUUUUAUCUGUGCAAUGGGAAAAGGAAGCGUAGCCAGUCCCAGCGGUUUACCUACACACCAGUGUUACUGAAAAGAGAACACACAGAAGAGGAGGAUCUUCCAGCAGCUUCUUCAGCCUCCGUGCCUCAUGUAGUUAGUGCUUCUGGUCAACAAUCCUUGCACUCACACAGACCUUCUCCUGAUCAAAGACCAAACCAUGGCAAUCUCAUGUCCUCUUCAGAUCGGGUUCUUGGAUGCCCUACUCAACCUGCCUACUCAUCCCUGAACCAUGGACUUCCCAAUCUGUCACAAGGUAGGAAUGGGAGAGCAGAGUGCCUCCCUCCAGCAUUACAGCAGUCAUAUCAUGUAUCAUCUUCUGCUGCCAGGUCUUCCUACGCAUCUAUGCAGUCUAAUGUAAUGUAUAAUGGACAGUCAAGUCUUCCUCUGAAUUCAGCCUCUGCUCAGGGGUAUGAACCACUGUCUUUUCAGCAAGAAGCAGGUAUUCCUCACUUGGUCAGUCUUGGUCAUCAGUCCUUGGCAAUGAUACAGUACCAUACUGCCAGCACAGGCACAGCAUCCUCAUCUCCUACCAUCAUUGAUCCAUUGGUCCAUGCUGUGCAUUCAUCACAUCUCCAGCAGAUCGGCUACCAUUGUUCAAACCCUGGGCAAGGUACCUUCCCAUCAACUUCAAGUCCGUCUGUUGGGCAUCCACCACUUCAGCUUUCAUCGGUCUCCUAUCACCUUACAAAGCCAGGCCGUAUCUCCUCUCCUGCCAGUGCUACUCAUCAUCCAUUAUCACACUCACCACUGCCCAGUCCAUCUUCUCCACAGUUGCAACCAAUGCCUUAUCAAUCCCCCACAUCCGGUGCACCAACUCCAUCACCAUCUCCUAACUCCAUGGCUCAUUCUGGACAGCUGUCUCCUAAAACUCUCAGUCCUGGACAUGGUAACCUUCCCUCCACUGUCACUCUCGGGCACCAUCAAAUUCAGGACUCUUCUCCAUUCCAUCCUGAUGAUACUUCUCUAUCUGUUAAACCUGAGCCUGAGGACGGUGAGCUGAAUUUCCAGACAAUUGGCUUGCAGGACAUCACUUUGGAUGAUGUAAAUGAGAUCAUAGGACGUGACAUGUCUCAUGGAGCAGAGCGGGCACGGAGAGAAUGCCCUAAGCCUGUGGCGUCCGAUCUACUAGAUGCAGUCUAAAAUUUCUAAGGCAAUAGAAAAAAAUGAUGUCAUUAAGUAGUCCAUGGUUCAUCCCCACUGCAGCCUGAUAUUUGUCUCUGACCUACUGUGCUUCCAGCUAUGUUGCCUUUCUUAAGUCUCCUUGAGGAAAUUAACUUUUACUCCAUGCUGUAAAUUAUGAACUUAACGAGUUGCUGGUUGGUAGUCUCUCACAGUCACUUUUCUAUUUCAUUGAAGGGAGGGGGGGUGUUAAUUGCAUUUGAAAUUUUACUUUGGCUUUUAUAGUCCUGUAAAUUUUCAUCCUUAACUGGGAUACUGAAGAGUUUUCUUAAAGGAUCACUAAGCCUUAAAAUAAACAGCUGCAAAUAAGAAAGACAAAUGCAUAUGUACAAUGACCUGUUUCAUAUUGUAUUUGCUGUGCAGUGAAGUGUAAGCUUUUUUUUUUUUUUUAAUCGUAAGCCAUUUUCUGCUAAGAGAGGUGCAGUGCUUUGUUGGUCAUAUGGGAAAUCUACUGUACCAUGUAUAGGAAUCCUCAGAAAUCUCUUGCCUUAUCUCAAAUAUUUUAAAUUCUAAUAAACUCCUGAAAUGUUUGACAAUCCCGUGAAUGGAGGGGUUUGUUUGUUUUUUGGUGUUUUUUUUUUUUUUUCAUUUUACUUUCAAAUACUAGUACAGUAGCGUUUAUUUAAAAAGUUAAGACAGGUUAGAUAUCGGGCAGGUAACGGGAGCUCAAGUCAGGUACGUCUCAACUCUCUGCCCAUCAGGGCACGCCCCCGGUAAAUUUAUUAUUAAAAGUAGUAUUUAUUUAUAGAGCAGAAGCAUCUUACAUAGAACUAACAAUUUCAGUAAUAAGUAAGAGGGCCUGACAUCCAAGUUUACAAGUUCUAGGCACUUUGGUAGUUUGAUACAUGAGGUUAAGUGCCAGAUAUUUCAUAAUGGUACAAAUGAAUAACAAUAGGAGAUGGCAGAAAUAUUCUUAUUGGAAACCAGGACAUUUCAUGCACUGAGCAAGUGGAGAGAUCUCUUUUGGGACUCAGCGUAGUACAGUUUCUAUUGGUAAUAGAAAUUAUAUAUAUAUAUAUAUAUAUACACACACACUCACACUCUCUACUGGUUUCAGAGUGUGUUGGGUUGUAGUUUUAUAUUGUUUGUUUGUUCACUCUCAAUCAGAAGCAUGACAAAUGGUGUAGACAUAGUUUUCUAUUUUUGCAGGCUGAUAAAAGAUGUGUUUUUAAAAGAAAAUACCUACAGGCAUCUGAAUUGCUUUUUUCCCCCAUUUUUUUCUUUUAACUUCCUUUUUACAUCUGAGUGUUUUAGAUGUAGUUUAGUAAACAUUUCUCUGAAACACUAGAGAAGAAGACGUAAACCACCCAUGUGAGAGAGUCUGUACAUAUUUUUGUGUUCCAUUGGUCCUUUAUGUAAGGCAACUUUUAUUUUAGGUUUAGUGGUCCUUUUUAAUUACGUUUAUAGAAUAUUACCCCAUCUGUGUUUUGUUUUUAAUAAUUUAAGAUGGUCAAUUUUGAAAUCACUCAUUGCCAUGACAGUGGCAUAGGUCUAUGAAAAUUUAACAGGAUACAGCUGUCUUCACAAGUAUUGUGACUGUUGAGAAUAUGUAAUCUGACCAUUUGACAAUCAAAAUGUAGAAUAUGUUUUUAAAUUUUUGCAUUUUAUAACAGUAGGAGACAGAAAAGACUUGUUGCUCUACAACUUUUAAUAAUGUAACUAUGUGAAUAUUUUGAACCAAAGUAAUAUUAUCCAAAUAAAAAUAAUCAAAACAAAAGCUUCA